AUAAAUUUUUCUUACAUUUUUUUUAGCGUAAUCGAUACACUAGCUUCACAGACAUAGAAUGGUGACGUUUUUGUUUUUAGAAAUGUGUGUGUUUGACAUAUUUGUUGUAACCUUUCAGUACGACACAUUUAGGUGUAACACCGCGACCUUAAUGUUUAGGCGGAAGCUUAACGGAAGACAUGUGGACAUUAUUUUAAAUGUGUUGCGAGAUUCAGAUGAUAUUGGAGGUAAAUGAAUGAAAAAGGACCGCGUGGAUCAAACACAGUGACUUCUCUUUAAGGUUUUCACGUCUUUUUUAUUCACGAUGUUACGGAUCUUCACGUCCAGGUGCGGUCAUUUCCUAACGAAGAGCAAAUUAGUGACACCCCAGGGGGACAUUAGCUCUUUCCUGUCACUUAACAGACUUUACACGCCAUCCAUCCAGGCUUCCAACUUCUGUGCUGGAAACCCUGCUGAAAAAGCAGGAAAAAAAUCCAAAGAAACUGAAGCAGUGGAUCUGGACAAAUGGAAAUCUGUGAUGACAUCCCAAGCGACGUUCCAGGUGCAGAGACUUGGUGAUGAGGUGGAGCCAAGCGAGGCCGUCGACGACCAGAAACCGACGGGAGGAGAUCCAAACGGUGGCUCCUCGUUGGAGGCGACUCGCCAACUGGUUUCGAUGUGGCAACAAGCUGGGAAGUUGGUGCCUCAGCAGAUAACCGACGAGGAGCUCCAGACCCUAGCCGGCCUCACCGCCAAGUCCUCCAAGAAGAAAUACCUGAAGCACCUGGCCAUCCGGGAGAAGUACAAACUGAAGGACAAGAGGAAGAAGCUGCAGAAGAAGGCAGCAAAAGAAGCCGCGUUGAUGGAAAAGAGGCAAACGGAAGGUGGAGAGGAAAAUAUAUACGGGGCCAAAGUGAAAAAUACUAUGUUCCUGCAGUUCUGGGACACGUCCCUGUUUCGACUGUAUAACUGGAGGACCGCCAACGCCAUGAUGUUCGGGCAGCCGCUCGUCUUCGACAUGAGCUACGACUCGUUCAUGAACAGGAGGGAUCUGGAGAACACGGUGAAUCAGUUGCUGGAGGCGGAGGGGCUGAACCGGCGCUCCGUCGACCCCUUCCACCUCCACUACUGCAACCUGCAGCCGGACGGUCCGUACGAGCGCGAGCUGCGGCGGMRGUAYSSYGMYGAGAGCUGGGAGCGCUUGCUGAUAACCAGCACCGAGCGGCAGCACGUCGACCUGUUCCCCAGGGAGCAGCUCGUCUACCUGACCCCCGACUCACCCAACGUCCUGCGCACCUUCGACACCUCCAAGGUCUACAUCAUCGGGGCUAUGGUGGACCGCUCGGUGCAGACCGGCGUGUCGCUGGCCAACGCCAAGCGCCUGAAGCUCAACACGGCCCGCCUGCCGCUAGACGAGUUCCUCCACUGGAACAUUGGGCACAAAUCCCUGACUCUGAACCAGAUGAUCAGCAUCAUGCUCAGCAUCAGGGACACCGGGAACUGGAAGGAGGCUCUGGAGUUUGUUCCGAAGAGGAAGUACUGCGGCUUCUACGUAGAGCAAACAGAAAGCAAAACCUUCAGGAGCCGACCUGAUGAGAGGUCAUUUAAAAACCAGGACGCGAAUAAAGAGUUUGUUGGUAGGAAGAACAUGGAGAC